CAAAACGCAUGUGUUGAUAUCGGCCAUGCAGUAAUCGUUUCUGUUUAGUUUCAUUUAAAUUCUGCAAUAUCGAAGUGUAAUUUUAUUAAAUAAAAUGUCUAAAUCGCUUGUGAAGAAAGCAUUUGCUCUGGCAGAGCAGGAACUUGUUUCUAAAAAGCACAAAACAGAUGAAAAAGCUACAAAACGAAAAGCAAGUGCCCUGGAACUGAUACCACGACACCAGAAGCUGGUACAGUUAGUAGGCAAGAGAGGAAAAAGGGUAGAGAAAGAUAUGAUACACCGGCGGGAAAAGCUCACCGUUACGGACGUACGUCAACAGCUUGCCAAUCGCCGCGAUCCUACAGAGGAUAACGUUAAAAAACUGCUAAUGCUUACCACGUCCAAACUAGACGAUGUAUCUCGCGAAACGAUCUUAAAACGUGCGCGCACUGGCCAUUACGUAUCGCGGGUAAAAGUGCCGAAAAGUAACAGACACAGAGAGGGAGACACAAUGGCUGAGGAAGAUACAGACAACCAAGAUGCCGCUGGAGGGAGCGUAUUUACUGAGGAAGAUUUCGCUAACUUUGCGAGGGAGUUGGAAAAAAGCUCAUUAUUGCAUUAAAAUAAAACGUGUGUUGGUAAUGAUAUUAAAUUAAA